AUGGCGGGCCAACACAGCACUCUGGCACAAUUCCAUAUCAUUAGCUAUGGGACGCUACUUGGUGCUCAAGCUUAUCAAUCCUUUAUAGGCGGGAUUGUCGCCUAUAAAAGUCUUCCUCGACCCCAGUUUGCUACCUUGCAGGCGUCGAUCUUUCCGAUAUACUUUGGCCUACAGACUUUUUUCCCGCUGGUGGUUGCUGCCACUUAUCCGGGUGAGCAUUCGUUGGGAGUUUCUGGCCCCUCGGGAUUUGCUGGUGUUUUGGCCGAUGGCCACGGCGUGUCUACGCUGCUACCACUGACCCUUACCUUGGUCGGCGGCCUCGCAAACUUGCUCGUUUUUCAACGAGCAACAUCUAAAAUAAUGGGCCAGCGGAAACGGCAAGAAUCUAUUGAUGGGAAAAAAUACUAUGAGACUGGUCCGCAUUCGAAGGAGAUGAUUCAACUUAACAAAUCCUUUGGGCGAAUACACGGCAUUUCGACCUUGGUUAAUUUUGCAGCCUUAGCCGCCACUAUAUACUAUGGCAAAACUCUUGCCGACCGUUUGGUCUAA